CAAUCUUAUCAAGUUUACUAUAUGAAGAAAGAAAUAAUCACACAAAACAUUUUACAAUGUUACCAAAUUCAAAUACCAAAUGUCCAUUUCUCCUUUUCUGCUGCUGCUUCUUUUUGCUUCUCCUUCACAAAAUCAGCUUCGCCUGUCAAAACACAGAAAGAGAAGCUCUUCUCCGCUUCAAAUCCACCCUCCAUGACCCCACUUGCCGCCUCUGUUCAUGGCAAGGCGACAACUGCUGUCAAUGGCGCCACAUCACAUGCCGCCAAGGCAUCUCCGGCGACGUCAUCUCCCUUAACCUUCGAAAUCCUAAAUCCUCCUACGACCUGCCGUUAGACUGGAAGCAAUCGGCUUUAAGUGGUGAGAUAUCUCCUUCUCUUCUGUCUUUAACCCAACUUCAGCAUCUUGACCUUAGCUUGAACUAUUUCAAUGGAACCCCGAUGCCCAAUUUUUUGGGUUCCUUGAAGAAUCUGAUGUAUCUUAAUCUAUCAAAUGCGGGUUUUUCUGGGGUGAUCCCUCAUCAGCUCGGGAAUCUCGAUAGACUUAUGGUUCUUGAUUUGAGUGCUUUGUAUGGUCAGCAAUGGCUACGUGCGGAUGAUUUAGGGUGGCUUUCUGGGUUAUCUUCGUUGAAGUAUCUUGAUCUCUCUGCGGCGAAUCUUACAUCGGUUAAGAACUGGAUGGAGGCGAUUGUUUUGAUGCCAUCGAUUGAAGAGGUUCGUUUAUUGGAGUGUCUUUUGGUUGAGAUCCCGGGCCAUGUUCAUAAUCUCAAUACGUCCUCUCUUUCUGUUCUUGAAAUUGAUUAUAAUUCAUUUGAUUCCAUCCUUCCGCCAUGGUUCUGGGCGCUUGGUGGUCUUACAUAUUUGAGUUGUAUUGGGUGUGGAUUUUAUGGAUCCAUGAUUGAUAGUAUCCUCAUGAGUGUAAAGCUUGUUGAUGAAGGUGGUAAAACUUCUAGAUUUUCCUCGGAUCUGUUAGUAAGAACAAAUCUGUGUUAUUUGAUCUAUAUGGAUCUUUCACAUAAUUCUAUAGAAGGAGAUAUUGCGGAGUUUUUCAAUAUUAUGACUGGUUGUAAAUUAGGAAGUAGUUUGCAGACACUGAGACUUGGAACCAAUAGAAUGAAUGGCACACUAUCUGAAAUGGUUGGAAAUAUGACUGAUUUAGGCUAUUUGGAUCUCAGCAAUAACUUUCUUUCUGGGCAAAUGCCUAAAGAGAUCGGAGAGCUUAAACAUUUGCAAACGCUUGAUCUUAGCAACAAUUCGAUCAUGGGCCACCUCCCUGUGGAAAUUGGCGAGCUCUUAAAUUUGAGGUUUUUGGAUAUUUCUUCCAAUCUUUUUGCCGGCGAAAUAACUGAAAGGCAUUUUGAAAAGAUGGAUCAACUUCAAGAACUGUUUUUGUUUAACAAUCAUUUGAUCAUGACUGUAAAUGAUGCAUGGAUUCCUCGUUUCCAACUCUCAUAUGUUGGGUUGAACUCUUGCAAGCUGGGUCCAAAGUUUCCCUCAUGGCUCCAAUGGCAGGAAAAUGUUUCCUUGUUAGUUUUGUCGAACACAUCAAUAGCAGAUAUUUUGCCUGCUUGGUUUUGGAAACUUUCUUCCAAUAUCAUUACUUUGGAUCUAUCUCACAACCGUUUAACUGGAAGGUUGCUGCAAUCGUUGGAAUUCAUGAGCAAAUUGAGUACCUUGGAUUUGAGUUAUAACAAAUUCACUGGUAAAAUACCAUCAAUUUUACCAACUAGAUUGCAAAGGUUGCAUCUUUCCUAUAACUUGUUAUCCGGAACCUUGCCAUCCAAAUUCCAAGCAAGCUCAUUGGCGUUCUUGUUGCUUUCAAAUAAUAAGUUUCAUGGAAGCUUUCCGACUACCAUAUGUAAUUUAGUAUCUUUAAAGGUCCUUGAUUUAUCCAACAAUAACCUUUCAGACAGUUUACCUGAUUGUUGGAGAACCGAUUCACAGCUCCAAAUUUUGAACUUAGGAAGCAAUCAACUUUCUGGUGUUCUUCCUCCUUCAAUUGGUUCUCUAAGCCAACUAAUGUCCUUUCAUGUGAAUAAUAACUAUCUAUCAGGGGAGCUUCCCCAAUCAUUGCAACAAUGCAGUGCCUUAGAGGUCCUUGACAUUGGUCAAAACAACUUCGCAGGGAUCAUACCGGACUGGCUGGCCGAACGCCUCCCACGUCUGAUGAUCCUUCGCUUGCGAUCUAACAUGUUUAGCGGCGGCAUUCCAGAAUUCGCAAAGCUUGAUUGUCUUCAAAUCUUAGAUCUUGCUUACAACAAACUUGCAGGGUCCAUACCUUCCACCUUUGGUAAUUUCAGCUUGAUGAUUACAGCUGAUAUAGAGGGACUUAGAUGUGUAUUUGGAUAUAAUGGGAACGACUAUGCUAUGCCUUUCUUUGGAACUGAUGUGUAUGCAUUAAGUUAUAUUGAAACUAUAUCCAUUGUCACAAAGAGGGUUGAUCGUGAGUAUUCUAAGAUCCUCUCCCUCCUAAGGAGCAUCGACAUGUCAAGCAACGAUCUUAGCGGAGAUAUCCCUGAAGAGAUAACAGCUCUUGCUGCCCUGCAAAAUCUGAAUCUUUCAAGCAAUCAUUUAACAGGGGUGAUACCAGAGAAAAUAGGAAAUAUGCAAUCGUUGGAAUCUCUAGACCUAUCUAUGAACAAUAUAUCUGGUACCAUUCCUCAGUCUAUCUCAUCUCUGACUUCUAUGAGCAGUCUUAACUUAUCAUAUAACAAUCUUUCUGGCGAAAUUCCCUCGGGAAAUCAGCUCCAAACCUUAGAUGAUCCAUCCAUAUAUACAGGUAAUGCCAAUCUAUGUGGGCUGCCAGUUUCCAAAGAUUGUUCUUCAAGAAAUAGUUUCAGUGGGAAAUCUUCAGGAGCUGAUGAAGAAUCGAUUGAAGAUGAUCAUCAGCAUUUUUGGGUUUACUUCAGCUCAGUUCUGGGAUUUGUGAUUGGAGCUUGGGCUGUAUUUGGUAUCCUUUUUUAUAAGACUUCUUGGAGAAUAGCUUAUUUCAAGUUCUCUGAGGAUAUAUGUGAUCGAAUCUUCUUGGUUGUUACUGGUAAUAGUUUUGACGGCAGCUGAAUCCUACAAGGGAUGAAGAGGAUUGCAGCUUGGGCUUUAAGCGGUUUCUUUAGGGAUCUUUUUUCUUCAUUUUGUUAGUUCUGUAUGGAAUCUGAUUGUGCCGAUCAACUGGGUUGUACUGUUGACUUAGAACUAAAUUCCGUCGAUCGAGCUCGCUUUAAGGGCCUCCCCUGCUUGGGUUUAAGGGCCUUGCCCGUAGAAAAAAUCUUUUCGGUGCAGCCAUACAACGAUGCGGCAUUUGUAUAUUCGAGCACUGUGGUGUUGCCAAUCAGGCUGGAGACAAAAGGUGUAGUGCCACAACUCCAGUUAGGCUGGGUAGUUUUCUUUCUCAUUUUUCAUGCUUAACUUAAAGAGAUGCAUCCCUUGGUGUUGUAUAUGUGCGUCGCUUUGUCUAUUUUGAAUAGAGAACGAAGUCUUAAGUGAAGUGAGGGAAGGAGAGAGUGAGAGAGAAAAAGAUAUGUAUAAUUUCUCCUAAUUUCAUAGUUAAUUUCUACGCGUGGUAUGGUUCCGCAGUUUUUUUCCAAUUUCGGAAUUUUCCACAUUAAAUCCUAAUGUUCAUUUCCGCUUCUUUCUUUUUCUUGUUGUUUCAUUGCGUGAUCUUACUUCCCAAAACAUUUUGUAUAGGAAGGGCAGAUUUUGAAGUCAGUUGAUUGCCAAUUUCAUUCUCCUACCUGAAAUAGAACAGGACCGGCAAGUUCUGGAAGAAAAAACUCUCUUGGUCUUCAGCAUCCUGGUUAGAUCAUGGUGCUAUGUUUGUUAGUUGGGUUGAAAGAUCAGGGAAAUUAUUAGAAUCUAGCUGCAUACGUAGCUCUUCGUGCAGACUACAAAUUACGUACGUAGCUCUAUGUAUAAACUAUUGAAGUACACAAUUAUAUACUCGUAAAUAGAAUACACAGUUAUUUACUCGAUUGAUUAAAUACAAAGCUUGCGUUUAUAUAAUUAACACGUAAAAUUACAUACAUAAUUAACAUUUAAUAAUUUCUCAAGAGGUCAAGAGGCUACAGCAGAAGCUGCAUCUAGGAAAAUGAAGAUAUUUUAGAGCCAGGAAAAAUAUUUUGCGGAGUAUCUUGGGAAGUGAGCACCAAGUAUGUUGAGUUGAAUGUACAACAAAGACCCACCGAGGUUUAGGAUGGCUGGUGGGCGAGCACGGUAUGGAACCCCCAUCUCGGGUUCGAAUCCUCUCUACUACGGUCUCGCAUCUUCAGUGGGGCAAAGCAAGUGUGGCUCUGAUACCGGUGGGUUGCCUCGCUAGGUUCCGUCGAGGGAUUAGUUACGACGUCAAGCGUUCCCUUUGAAGUGACAAGGGGUAGAUACCCUCGUUCCCAAAACCUAGCGACACCAAGCACCAAUUUGAUAUGCUUCUUGAAUUAAGAAGGAUAUGACACCUUUUGAGUAGGGGGAGACUACUAAGAAAAGAAGAAGAGGGAGGGGGGGA